AAUCUCUUCCGACCUCGCCACUACGUCCCAAUAUUCGGACAUUUUCUGUAAUCGCGAUCCACGCGUCCGUGCUGACUGCAAUCCAGCGCGUCUGAGAGUGCAUCGAAUAGGUCUCGGCAAAAAACUCUACUACGGAUCGCGUCGUUUAAUACAUACAAAUCUUAAAAUCGGGGUAUCAAAACAUAACCAGUCGCGAUGGGUCAUUGGGUCGAUAUUUUGGUGCUAGCGCUGUGCCUCUUUCCAAUGUCCAGCCUUCAGCAACUUGAAUGUAACGAGAAGCCGAUUGAGCUACGAGAAGAAAUGGCCAACGUGGUACUGACGGGGACUAUAAACAACAUAUACAGGAAGCCGUACACGAAGAUGUACUCGUGCGAAGUCCGGGUGGUAAGAGUAUUCAAAGGCGAUAAUAUGUUGAACGGUAAUAUGAAAAAACAUUCGCCGUUUUCUCCGGCUACGAUCAUGGUCGAUGGAUUUGGAGCGCCGCAGAUCUGCGAAAAUUCUGUACGGAAAGGGGACACGAGAAUUUUACUUUUGGAGAGAGAUCAAGUUGGCAAUCUGAAGCUGAAUUCCAGUGUUGUUCGCAUAACCAUGAAUAAUUUAGACCGCGCCGAAGCUGCUGUGUCAGAUAUACCUUUUGCCACAAGGGAGCCAACCACAGAGGGUCCAUGUGCCAGAAAAUUAUGCAGUUUUGGGGCUAUGUGUCAGGUAGAUGAAAAAGGCCAGGGAAUAUGCAUAUGUCCGGAAGUCUGCACGGACGUCUUUGCACCAGUCUGUGGAAGUGACAGUGUCACGUAUAUAAGCGAGUGUCAUCUUAGAGUAGCAUCAUGUUCACAAAAGAAAAGAAUAACCAUGGAAACGCAAGGGCCUUGUGGGUCUAGUAAUCCAUGUGCCACAAAGGAGUGUAAUUUUGGCGCCGUGUGUAUCGUAUCAACGGAUGGAAAUUCAGCGCGUUGUGUCUGCCCGAGUACGUGUGAUGGGUCAGGUUCACCGGUGUGUGGUGAUGAUGGAAAUGAUUACACUAGUGAGUGUGAACUUCGAAAGAUGACAUGCCAGAAAAAAAUUGAUGUUAAAUUGAAAUUCCGGGGACCUUGUGAUCCAUGUGUCACUUUGGACUGUAAGAAAGGCACAGUGUGUAAACUCGAAGACGACAGACAACCAAAAUGUCGAUGCAAAGAUAAAUGUACUGAAGAAAUUAAACCUGUUUGCGGUAGUAAUGGAGAAACGUACGACAAUGAGUGUCUAUUGCACAGACAAGCUUGUGUCACUGGACGAGAGAUAAGAGUCAUCAGUGAUGCAUGCAGCCCACGUAAUAACCCUUGUACUGAUGUGGAUUGUAAAUUUGGAAGUUGUGAAGUUAAUCAAAAUGGUGAGACCUCAUGUUUGUGCCGAAUUGAGUGUGCCGAUAUCUACGCCCCAGUGUGCGGCAGUAAUGACAUCACAUAUAAUAAUGAAUGUGAAUUGCAAAAGCAAAAGUGUGAACAAAAAGAGGAUAUAACUAAGAAAAAAGACGGUCCAUGUGGUGACAUGACCAGAAAAGCUUGCAAAAAAUUCCAGUGUGAUUAUGGUGCCACAUGUGCAUUAAAUGAGCGUGGUGAGCCAUACUGUGACUGCGAACUUGGUUGUAAUGAUGAAUAUGAUCCAGUCUGCGGUUCAGAUGGCAUGACUUACAGUAAUAUAUGCCAGCUUAAUGUUGCAUCAUGUCAGCAACAAAAAGAAAUUCUGGUCAUUGUGGAGACAGCAUGCAAUGAUUGUGAAAGAAUAGAUUGUCAGUUUGGAUCGAUAUGUGAUGCAAACGGUGCACAGGGUGCAACCUGCGUAUGUCCAAACGGCUGCAUUCAAGUCUAUGCCCCUGUAUGCGGUUCAGACGGUAAUACGUAUAACAACGAGUGUGAACUCAAAGUGCAGACAUGUCAGAUGCAGAAGAUGAUUGAAGUGGUUGCUCAAGGUCCUUGCGAACAAAUUGGUCAAAAUUGUGAAGAUUCCAUGUUUGGUUGCUGUCCGGAUGGUAAAACCCCAGCACAGGGGAUCAACGACGCUGGCUGCCCAAGUUCUUGUGAGUGCAAUGCACUUGGUUCUUAUCAGUUGACCUGUAACCCACAGACCAUGCAGUGUUCAUGCAAACCUGGUGUUGGGGGACUCCGGUGCGACCGUUGCGAGCCAGGAUACUGGGACUUCCGAGGGAUACAGAGUGGCAACAGUGGAUGUAGACCAUGUUCGUGUUCACGUGGUGGGUCUGUCCGAGAUGAUUGUGAGCAGAUGACUGGUCGAUGCGUCUGUAAGGAUAACGUCAUGGGCAUGAAAUGUGACUUGUGUCCAUCUGGGCAGCUUAUGGGUCCAAUUGGAUGUAGAGAUGUGGAUGAGCCCACCAAAGAAACUGGCACAGCUUGCCAUGAAUUGGUAUGCAGUUAUGGAGCUAUAUGUGAGAUUAUGGCUGACGGUACGGCCCAGUGUAGUUGUCCCUCGUUGUGUCCUGCCAUCUACACUCCUGUGUGCGGCACCGAUGGUCAGACGUAUGGUAACGAGUGUCAGAUGUUGAUAUUUGCUUGUAGAUUGCAGCAGAACAUACAGGUGGUUAAUACAGGACCUUGUGAAACUACCUUGGUGACCCCGACAGUACCCAUUGGUGGUUGUGUGAUGUCUCGUUUUGGUUGUUGCCCCGAUGGUGUCUCAGUAGCCCGUGGACUUGAUAAUGAAGGUUGUCCAGAUGGUUCGUUAGCUUGUCAUAGUGUUCCUUGUCAGCAUGGAGGUACAUGCCUCAAUAUUGAUGCUGCACCAGGCUACACCUGCCAGUGUCCAGCUGGAAAAGGGGGUCCGGUUUGUGCUGAUGAUGUUGUUUUUUAUUUGCCGUCGUUUGCCGGUAGCUCGUACUUGGCGUUUGGCAAAAUGAAAGGAUUUUUUAGUGUUGAUAUUCAAAUGGAAUUCCGGACUCUUACUAAUGAUGGUUUAUUGCUGUUUAAUGGUCAAAAAGAAGAUGGGAAGGGGGAUUUUGUUUCGGUUGCGAUUAGAGGAGGAUUUGUUGAAUUCAGGUAUGACCUUGGCUCAGGCACUGCAACAUUGAAGAGUAUGGUUAAAUUACAGAUGAAUCAGUGGCAUCGUGUACGUGCAUCCCGUAAUAAACGAGACGGUGAACUGAGCGUUGAUGAUGAGCCAGAUGUGACUGGGGUCAGUGCGCCUCGACUGAGUGGUCUGAAUGUGGAGCAAGAUCUCUUCAUCGGUAGUGUUCCUGACGCUCAAGAAGAGGUGUUUGGCCGCGUUGGUGUCAGCGGUGGAUUCAUCGGGUGUUUGAAAUCUUUACGUAUAAAUGGCAUCCGUUAUGAUUUAGAGUUUCCAGGUCCUGAUGUUUUGUAUGGUAAGCAUGUUGGUGAAUGUGGAGAGAACCCGUGUACUGCUCAUCCGUGCAAGAAUGGUGCCGAGUGUAUAGCGCUUGAUGCAGAAAUGUACAAAUGUAUCUGUGUUGAUCCGUAUACAGGUCCUGUGUGCGGUGAUACGUUGGUAGAUCCUUGUGAUGGUAACAUGUGUGCAGAGGGGUCAACAUGUAAAGGUCUGACUGAUGGCGGGUACAUGUGUCAAUGUCCACUUGGAUUUGAAGGCGACAUGUGUCAAGAUGAAAUUCUUGUUGAAGGGCCAUUUAUUCCAGCAUUCCAUGGUAAUUCUUUCAUUGAGAGACCAGGGCUUAAUGGUCAAUACGGACAGCGCAUCGAAAUCAUGACAACAUUCCUGACUAAGUCACCUAAUGGUAUGAUAUUCUACAAUGGUCAGCUGACAAACGGCAAGGGAGAUUUCAUCGCACUCAAUUUGGUGAACGGAUUUCUAGAAUUUCGAUAUGACCUUGGGUCAGGAGCCGCUGAAAUCAGGAGUGAAGAUCGGGUAACUUUAGAUGAGUGGCAUCAAGUAAAGGUUAUGAGGGACGGCAGAGAUGGCGAAAUGGUCAUUGAUGAUCUACCACCAGUCACUGGACAUUCACAGGGCCGUCUGGGGCAACUAAAUCUCAAGGAGAAUUUGUUCCUGGGUGGUACUGACGAUUACAGUAAGUUUUCCAGAAAAGCCGGAAUCACCAAUGGGCUAGUCGGAGCUAUACAAAAGAUGAGCGUACAGUUUGAAGUCGGGGAAGAAAAAAUCGUUGAUCUCACUGGUGGUGCUAUUCGUGGUGUUGAGAUUACAAACUACAAUGAGCAUGCAUGCACCAACAAUCCCUGUCAAAACGACGGCAUAUGCAUGCCUAAAGGGGACUCAUUUGAGUGUAUGUGCAAGAUGGGAUACCUUGGAGACACCUGUGAACAAAUGGAGAUAGUCAUGACAGAGCCGCCGAUAAAUAUUGAUGGACCAGUCAACUUUGACGGUAACUCCUUCUACAGUUAUAUGAAUAUGAUUAACACAGAACAAAGAGCUCAACGCUCUAACGAUUUUGAGCUAACAUUUCGCACAUCUGAAGCCAACGGUUUAUUGCUAUGGAAUGGCGUUGCUGAAGGCAAGAUGGGUGAUUUCAUUUCUGUUGCUGUCACGGAUGGUUUAGUACAGUUUGCUUUCAACUUGGGGUCUGGUGCCAUUACAAUUACAUCUGAACAGAUAGUGAACGAUAAUGAAUGGCAUACAGUCAGCGCCACAAGAUCACUUCGAGAGGGGUCGCUACAAGUAGAUGGCGAGGACCCAGUGACAUUGCAGGCAAAACGUGGCACUACCCAGCUGGAUAUUAGUGGAACAUUAUGGAUCGGCGGAUACAAUGACCCCCAAGAGGGCUUGACUGGUGGAUUCAUCACCAACUUUGAGGGGUGUAUAAAAGAUGUUCGGAUUGCAGGAAAUAGUCUUCAUUUAGUUCACAAUGCAAAAGACAGACAACCAGAUUCCUUCUGUCCGGACCAAUAGCUCUAUUAGGCAGUGUCAGUCAGUCUUCAUUAAACCCUUGUAUAUUAAACAUACAUACUUGUCAAUUAUCUGACAAGAAGCAGAAAAUGCUGAAAAAAAAUGUAUAGUAUUAUUUUUUUUAAACUCAACCUUUUUCAAAAACAAAUCCUGGGAAACCAAUACUCAAGCUUCUUCUAUUGGUGUGUCACGAUAUGGUAAUAUAUGCAUUAUGAUUGGUGGAUAUUUAACAAACUUAAUUCUGAUUGGUUCAUGACCAGGUGUACUUUGAUUUUAUUGGUUUGCCUGGUGCUCACUAUUCAAUAACCCAGGUGAAUCAUACCUUGCAAUAUAUUGUCUUGCACUUGACAAAACUCUAAUGGUGAGUGCCAUGGCUUUUUUUUUUAAAGAUUCAGUGUUUUCUACUUCACUGUAUGUUUUAUCAUAUUUACACAGAAUUUUAGUUGAAAUACUACCUUCCUUACUGUAACAAAUAAAACUGGUAAACCUCAAAUAUUAAAAAAAUACUUUUAUUAUUCUAUUGUAUAUUGUACCAUGUCAGGUUGUAAGUUAUUCAUUCCCAUUUUGAGUUGAUAGUAAUUUGCUGCUUCAAUAAAAGGCAGAUGAUGCCAUAUAUGGAAACUCAUUUGCAUAUAACAGUUCAUUCUAUUUCCAGUCUGUUUUUAAAUUAUUCAUCUCCAUUCAGAACUAAUAGUAUUUUGCUGUUCCAAAAAAACAGACCAUUCAUCUUUCAGUUUUGAUAAUAGAUGCAAAAUAUUUCAAUUUUUUUUAUAAGUCAGUGUUUAUUGUUCAUAUCUCC